AAGAGGAGAAAAACGUUUGCCUAAAUAAUAAAAAUGGAUCUUGAAGAGACUUCACUGCAGGAAAGCUUACUGAGUGUCUAUGAGCCUACUUUAAACAGUGCGCAAGUUUUUUAUAAGCUACUAUUGGAUGCUUUACGGUGCAAGAAUUUUCGUUCUUUCAAAAAUACUAUAGAACAUGAUUUAAUGAAGCAAUCACCUAUUCUGAACGUCAACUAUGUAUAUCCAAACACGGAAGAAACAUGCCUCGACAUAGCUAGCAAGAAUGGUCUAACAGAGUUUGUAGAGUAUUUACUGCAUCUAGGUGCGAAGCCUAAUAGAGUAAAUAAACUACAUAAUCGCGCUCCUAUUCAUUUCGCUACAGAAGGGGGACACGUACUCACGUUGACGGCUUUACUAUUGGAACCAACAAUAAAUCCAAAUCUCGAAGCGGGACAGCAGACUGCCUUACAUAUCGCAGUGAGAAAGAAUGAUCUGACGUGCGCCGGUCUGUUGCUAGAGAACAGUGCUAGCGCCAGUAUUCCAAAUAGCAAGGGUUUAACGGCUCUCCAUUUAGCAGCUAUGAAAGGCCAACGGAAUUUGGUGGAACUGAUAUUGGAGAAAAGCCGACAGUCUCCGGACGUUGACACUUAUAAAGAUUACAAUGAUCAAACAACGCGAGAGGUGAUUCAGAAAAAGUUUCCGGAUAUAUUAUUGCUCGAAAAUGAAAAUCGUGAGAUAAAUGUGCACGAUCUUAAAUACUACCUGAUCACCAACGACGAGACAAACUUCCUGAAAAAUAUGGAGCUUGUGAAGAUAGAGGUUCUUCACAGUGUAGCCGAAGAGCUAUUGGAAAUGAGUGCACAGAGAGGCUUUUGCAAAAUUACGAUUGGAAUCCUGGAAAAACUUAAAGGAAAGCAAUUUAGCGUAGAAACAGCCGCGCGAGAGGCCAUUCGGCAGAAUGAUCAUGCAAUUCUUCAAGUAUUGUUGGAGAUAGAGCCAAAUGUAGCAAAUGGUCUACUUCUGAGUGCUUGUCAGGAAUUAGGAAUGCCGAGAAAACGAGGAAUCGAUAAUACGCCCGAUCGACUGAAUUGUCUGCAAUUGAUCUUGGAACAAGAAAACGUGAACGUUCGUUGCAGUGAUAAUAAAGGCAACACUCCGCUACAUUACGCGGCCAGAGCUGGCUGUCAAGAAGCGAUAAUUUUACUUCUCAACCGAGGUAGCUACAUCGGUCACAUGAACAAAUACAAUACACCGCCUAUCGCAGAUAUCUCAGCACACACGCUGUCGCGCUACUUCGAUGACUGUUUGCAGACGCGGAUAGAUCGGGCGAACGAGUACACGAUAGAAUUUAACUAUUGCUGUUUAAUGCCGCAGAACAUUUUCACGGAUCAAUAUAAAACUCACCGAGCGACUCGCGAAAUGGAAGUGUUUAAAUACAUCGCCAGCAAUAACGGCCUCAAACAUCUGUUGAAACAUCCACUGCUUUCCUCUUUCCUUUAUCUCAAGUGGCACAGAAUACGGCACGCUUUAUAUGCAAAUUUCACUUUUUAUGUAAUCUUUUAUUUUCUGUUAAACGCUUACAUCCUAAGCAUGACUUACGGUGCUAGGACGGAAAAUGAGAUGCAAAUUGAAACCAACAAUAGAUCCGAUAUGCCUUCGGGAAAUACUUUGCGAAUUGUUGGAAACCAACGAAACAACUUCCUAUGGGCCUCUACUACUGUGAUGUUGCUAUUGUUCAUCCUCCGAGAGAUUUUUCAAUUUAUCUCCUGUAUCAGACGUUAUCUAAUGAGCUUAAGAAAUUGGUUAGAAAUCGUACUGAUUACGCUCACUAUCGCUUUGCUGUGUGGCGCGGGACUUCAAAUCGGUGCUGUGGUAAUCCUGCUGUCGGCCUGGGAGUUGGUGAUCCUCAUCAGCCAGCAUCCACGCUUGUCCACCGGCAUCGAAAUGUUCCGAACUGUUUCAUUAAAUUUUAUGCGCUUUCUGUUUCCCUAUCUGUUUCUUAUUCUCGCAUUUGCUUUGGCCUUCUAUACACUCUUCAAAAACGGCAACGAUACGAACUUUCCUGAUCCCGGUCUUUCACUUUUCAAAACUGUCAUCAUGCUCACUGGUGAAUUCGAUGCCAAUGACAUCCCGUUUAUUUCGCAUCCCGUUUGGAGUCACAUCGUGUUCAUGUUAUUUGUUUUCUUUAUCGCUAUCGUGUUGUUUAAUCUACUUAACGGUUUGGCAGUCAGUGACACUGCUGAAAUUCUGUGUAAGGCCGAGUUGGUCGGACUUAUCUCUCGAAUACGUUUAGUUACCUACAUUGAAGAUAUAGCGAUUGGCGAACCUUUCAGGCAUUGCGUUUACUGUAAUUUGCGACUACCUUGGAACCCUUUCAGUUUUCUCGCUAAGAGAAUUCUUUUGUUUCCUCAUUUUCUAAGAGAUGGUAAAAUCAGUAUCAAUCCACAUGAUAAUCUGGAUGUUUACGAUAAUGAUAGAUAUUAUAAAAAAUACAUUCACACUGCAUCUAUAAAGAGCAACAAGCAGUGGAAUACUUUGAGAAUGGAUCCUGACAUAAUUAAACAAGCUAAACGUACUAUCAAUAAUAAGAAUCGAUUGACGGAUAAUGAGAGGAUCAUGAUUACAUUGAACAAACUACAACAGAAAUUGAACACAAUAGAGACAGCUUUGAAAACUACAAAAUCUGAAUAA